AUGGAACUUUUGAAGAGAUUGUGGAACGAUGUAGUUGGAAAUGAAGUUGAUUAUUCACAAUUCGAAACCAGAAAUGGUGACUCGAAUAUUAUUGUUUUCCGGGACAAAUCUCCUAAAUUCAUGUUAUUUGGUACUAACAUACAUGUGGUUUUGGCUGCAACAAUCGCAGCAACUAUUGGUUUAAUAGUAACAAUCAUAUUUUGUAUUAUAUAUACGUUCUAUCAUCAGCGUGGACAGGGGCGAAACUAUAUCAUCGACCAUUUGGAAUUAGUGGACUUGAUAUUUGCUCUAUUCUUUGGACUUCCUUGUCAUUAUUUGUUAUUUUAUGGCAUCCAUCAAGAAAAUAAAAGGUUUUUAUCACCUUUUCUUGUGUUUUACUGUGCCAAUUUUGUUCUUAACGCGACCUUUUCGGCUAUAACAAUUGUGACCAGCAUAAUGGUUGUCCUGCAGAUACUCCGUGGGCAGAUUAUAUAUGAUUUUGGUUGGAUUGUUUUUCAACUUGGCUUCACUACAGCUCAGGGAUUCGCUAUUUAUUUGGUCGUAAGAUGUAGAAAAUAUUUGAGUGCCAAAGAACAUUGGAAAAAAAUUUCUAGUCAAGUAAAUUUAUUUACUCAAUUCUGCUGA